GGGGAGGGCCGAGUGGCGUGAGGCAGUGCAUGCGCUCCGUGUUCAAUCCACAGCCCCGUGGCUCGCUAUAGGAUAAAGAAGCCUCCUCUGAGCAGAAGCCACACAAGGGAUUUCUUUUCUAACCCCCCUCAUCCCAACCUCCUCCUAGUGCUGUUCAUCCUCACGCCGCUUCCCGCUUCUUUUAUUUUUGCCCUUUGUCCUCCUCUUUUGUUCCCUUGCAUCCAACCUCAGGGAAAAAAAGAAAGGCACAUCAUCCUGCACUCCUGCAGCCGGAGCGGGCUGCUGAUGCUUUGACCAGCGCGUGGAGCUGACAAGCCCUGAUUGAUGCAGUAAAGUGUUCCACAGGAGUCAACGCAAACAAAAGGUCGCCAGCCAUGGGGAACCUCAUUAAGGUCCUUGGCAAGGAUUUAGAGAACUGUCCUCAUUUUUUCCUGGACUUUGAAAGGGGCUCAUGGGAAACCUCCUGAAAGUGCUGGCUUGCGCCGAACUUGAGCAUGGCCCAAUAGUUUUCCUUGACUUUGAACAUGCCCAGCCCACCGAGGCCGAGACCGCCGUGUGGAAUCAAGUUAGCGCCGUGCUGGAGGAGGCUCAUGGGAUACUGGCCGAGCUGCAGUCCUAUAAUGGUGCUGGGCAGGAGAUACGAGAAGCCAUUCAGAACCCAGGUGACCUCGCUCUGCAGGAGAAGGCCUGGAACGCCGUCUGCCCUCUGGUGGCCAAGCUGAAGCGGUUCUAUGAGUUCUCACUGCGACUGGAGAACGCCCUGAGAAGCCUGCUGGAGGCGCUGACGAGCCCGCCCUACGCCCCCAUGCAGCACUUGGAGCGAGAGCAGGCCCUGGCCAAACAGUUUGCAGAGAUUCUGCAUUUUACGCUCAGCUUCGACGAACUAAAGAUGACCAAUCCUGCCAUUCAGAAUGACUUCAGCUACUACAGGAGGACCAUUAGUAGGAACAGGCUCAACAACCAACAGCUGGAAGCGGAAAACGAGGUCAACAACGAGAUGGCCAACCGGAUGUCGCUGUUCUACGCCGAGGCCACGCCCAUGUUGAAGACCCUGAGCAACGCCACCACCAAGUUUGUUUCAGAGAAUAAGACCUUGCCCAUCGAGGACACCACAGACUGUCUGAGCACCAUGGCCUGUGUGUGCCGUGUCAUGCUAGAGACUCCGGAGUACCGUUGUCGGUUCACCAACACAGACACUAUGUUGUUCUGCAUGAGGGUGAUGGUGGGCGUCAUCAUCCUCUACGACCACGUUCACCCCGUCGGGGCGUUCGCCAAGACCUCCAAAAUUGAUAUGAAGGGCUGCAUCAAGGUGCUGAAAGAGCAACCGUCCAACAGUGUGGAGGGACUACUCAACGCACUGAGGUAUACGACACGACACCUAAACGACGACAGCACCUCCAAACAGAUCCGGGCGCUGCUGCAAUGAGCGUGGGAUGCACUUAAGCGGAAGAAGAGGGUGGAAAAAGGAGCGUAAACGUCGAUGACUGCUGUUUGUUUACAAUAGGUGGAGGAACCUGAUGAUAGUACCAAGAGGAAAAAAGAAUUCUAUUUAUUGUCAGCUGUCCACCAUUCUCUCGUCUCUUGUUUUGUAAAGUAAGAAAAUAGAGAAAAGAAGCCAGAAAAUAUAGAUAUAUAUGAAAUCAAAAGUGAAGCCGCAGAUGAAAAUACGUAGACGACUGAGAGGAGGCUUUUAUUAUUAGGUGAGAAUUGAAGCAAAGCUGUAGUCUGACAAGUGUUUUUGCACACACACACACACACACACACACACACACACACAUGUUCCUUCCUCUGCACUGACCCGUGUGCACGCUUGUGAAGCAAUGUGAUGGACAUUCUCCGGAGAAUUGCUCCCAUCGCUUUUGUGCUGUACAUCAGUGCAGAUGAAGGAUAGGAGGACUCCAUCUUUUGCAGUUUUUUUUGUGUGUGUGUUUUUUUUUUUUCUUUUACACCGGGAUAACUUUUUCUCACUCUCUCCAUCGGUGCUUUCGCUAUCACUGUGCUUACUCGUCAUCCGGCUGCUUUGAAAAGCCUUAGCCAUGCAUUCUGCUGCUUGAAACAUUCCCAUUGCAGUAGGAACAUUAAGAAAAAAAAUCAUGCAAAAACUGCUUUUAUUUGGGAAAUUCAUUGAAUUGACACUCACCCGUUUGGAAGGACAGACGUGCGUGCUUCAGAGUCCAAUGUGUCAUCAUCAGCUGCAGGGAGGAAAAAAAGCGCAUUUUAGCUUGAAGUCAGCCAAUAAGAGCCAAUCUUUAAAAAACAUACAAGUGCUUUACAUUGGAUGUCCUAGGCUUUAGUCGAAUUUGAUCUUCAAUUCUAUUUUCUAAUACGUACAGGACUAAGUGCACAAGCACGGCCUGUAUACAUUAGAUGGCAUGUUGUACAAGUUCUGAGUGUAAAUAAGGUGUUUUUAUUCAUUUGGAAUCAUUCAAUGAUGCUGAAAUGGGUAUGUGUCGUCUCUCUCUCUCUCUCUUUCUCUCUCUCUCUCACAUUGACCAUGCGUCUGCCUCAUUUCUUGGACCAUGCCCGUAGUCGUAGAGGAAAUUCAUCAUAGCGAAUGAACUGGAAGGGGAAGAGGGAAGUGGGCAGUGUGUGUGUGUGUGUGUGUGUGAAUGUGCCUGUGUGAGUGUGUGUAAGUGUG